CAGUUCAGGGACUGCCCUUUUAAUCAGUCAGGUGCGUCUGUGUCGCGUUCCCAGCGGCUGCUAAUACUUUCCUCGUGUCCUGCCUCUCCCGCUCCAGUGCCAGUCUCCCCCUCCCUCCGGCCCAACCCCCUCCCGCAGCUGAUGUUGGGUUGAGCCGCACGUGAGUUUCAUAUGACACUGGGGCAGCAGCUGUCUCACUCGGCACCGGGCGUGCUGCUUGUCACAGGGAGGAGGAGACACGGCCGCUCCCUCCAUUUAACCAGAGGCGGAGGCACAGCAGGGCAGCAUUUACCUACUGGCACCAGACCUGUUCGAGUCCAUUCGCUCCGCCACUGACUGGAAUACACACACUCUGGAUUGUACCAUGGACAGAAUGCCCAGUGCCUGUCUGGAGAGAGCCGCUUCCUUGUCUGGGAUGGACUUGUCCCAUAUGUAUCCCGUCUUCAAACACAGGAAAGGUGUGAAGAGGUGCGAGGAGAGCAAGCAGGACACGUACAAGCUGCCACACCGGCUCAUCGAGAAAAAGCGCCGGGAUCGAAUUAACGAGUGCAUCGCUCAGCUCAAAGACCUGUUGCCAGAGCACCUCAAACUGACUACUUUGGGUCACCUUGAGAAAGCCGUGGUUCUGGAGCUGACCUUGAAACACAUGCGCUCUUUGUCCAGUCUGAUCGAGCAGCAACAGCAACAGAUCCUUACACUUCAGAGUGGGUCCCCUUCUGAAGAAAGCCGAAUAUCUGCAGAGGAAAUGUUCCAUUCGGGGUUCCAGCUCUGUGCAGAGGAGGCUUUACAUUUCCUACAGGGCGGAGAAAGAAAAGAGCUGGUUGCCCAUCUUCAUCGGGUGGCUUCAAAGCUUGGCGAGAGCUCUCCCAGUUUUCCAAAACUCACUGAGAAACCUGCACCUAAGGUCCAAGCAACCAACUGUGUUCCUGUUAUAUGUCGUGCGGCCCCUCUCCCAUCUGGAGAACAGAGCGGGACCGAUACAGAUACGGACAGCGGUUACGGUGGGGAGGCUGAAAGGGGUGAAUGCCAUCCUGAGAUUACAGAGAAAGAAGAGGCCUCCACCUUGGAAAGGAUCAUCAAACAGGAAAACGAUGAGAUACCCAAAAAGAAACCCAGGUUCGAGGCAUCAGAGGAGGAAACACGAUUUUGCAGUAGUGACCUCUCGUCUUUGGGUGUUUUUCCAUCUCAACCUCCCUUAUGCCUUCCCUUUUAUUUAAUACCGCCUUCAGCCAAUGCCUAUCUUCCUAUGCUGGAAAAGUAUUGGUACCCUGGGUCAAUGCCUAUGAUGUAUCCUCCAAUGUCACAUUCUGGUCUGUUGAGUCAAGAUACGUCUAAGGCUCAGCAUGCUACUCCACAAACUGUAUCAUCCAUGGAUUCUUCUGCACUGCUACAAGCUCUCAAACAAAUGCCUACCCUAGGUACGGAACCUAAGGACUGACCCAAUAAGGGUAAUAACCACGGCAAUGCCACCAGCAGAAUCCAACAAAGAAGGAUCAUUGGCUCCUCAGUAUGAGUUGCCCAUGAAACGGGUAUCGGCCUCCAAAGAAGAGGCCCAAGGAAAAGGCGGACACUUCUAGGAGAGGAGCUGAAGGACUGGUCACUGGUCCUGUCUGUAAUUUAGGAUGCUUUUCAUGAUUGUGUUAUACUGUACACUACAGGACAACACAACACAGUGAUGACACGUGAAGAUGCCUCUAUCUUGAACUUCUGUCUGAUUUUUGGAAGCUGUUAAAAUCAACAGAGAUGAACGUCAGGGGUGUAAAAAAAAAAAAGACUUACGCUUACAAUUAGUGCUGAGUGACCUUCAGAAAGCCCAAUGGGCCUACAUGUUCUUUGCAAGCCACAAAGCCCAGAAAAAGAAGACGGAUAUUGCACUUUAUAUUCAAAAUAUAGAACUAUUCCAUUCAUUUGGGUUCCAUACCUACCUGGAGGUAAUCAGGUGCCCCCUGCAGUUCCAGGAGUAGCACAUAUUUUAAUGUAUUCAUAUUUUUGAGGAAAAUAAAAUCUUUAUUUCUUGA